AUGGCCACGACGGCAGCCGCGGUGACCUACGAGGAGUUUUCUGUGUCGGCGAACAAAAGUGACGGCGCCAACGAUUCGAAGGCCGCCACGGCCACCGGCGCGUCGGCCGGGCCUAGCCGGUACGCGGACAACGACAAAAGCAUGUCGACCAAGACGGACUAUUACGGGAUUCAGUUUUACGCUCCUCCCGUCAUUCACGGUCCUGCGGCCGCCGUCGACAUGUUCGGUCGCCACCUGCACCAGCAGCAUCCCCCGGCGGCGGUUACCGCGUAUCACCGCGCGCAGUCACAGCAUCAGCACCAUCAGAUGCCGUGGGAGUCGACGGCCGCGGUACUCCAACAGGACCACGAGAGCUCGAUACUGCAGAUGAACCCGUUGUUGGGCACCGCGACCGCGGCCGAUGACCCGUCCACAGCCCGGUAUCCAGGACCGCGGCCACUGCAGCAGAGGCCAAAGUCGAUGGCCAGAAUGGUCAAUUACGCGGAACCUCUGGCUUUCCUCGCGGCCGAGGCCGACGACAGAGCACUGCUGGACAGUUUGCCUGCCCUGCAGUUUGCCCUCCAACGCGCCACCGGCAAACAGCAAUCGGGCGCCGCUCCGGGAAUCUACCAGCAGCGAAGACACCUGCAAAGGCUACCUCCACCGCCACCGCCACCCCCUCCACCGCAACUUCACCGCCUGCACCACCAUCACCGUUACGCCCCCGCACGGUACACGCAAGUACCGUUCCUAUACAAUUUGCCGCCCCCUCCACCCGCUCAACGGCAGCUGGCGCCCGCCGAGUACGACCUCGUCACCCAGUUCAACAGGCUUCUCAAGCAACGUGAACGUGAAGAAGACCGUCUUAACGACGAGGAUGAGGAAGAGACAGCCACUCGGCCGGCGGCCAAGCCCAAAAAGACCAAGAAAAAAAAGAAAAAGAAAAAGAAGAGAGCGCGGACCACUCCGGUACCGCCGCCGCCAGCGUCCGUUGAGGAGGACGUAAACGAACAGGACGACAAGCAGCAGCAACAGGACGACGACCGGCUCGAAAACGAACAGCCUACGUCCGAGGAACAAGAAUCACAGAACGUGCACACCAGCGAGAAGGUAACACGUUUUUUUUUUUUUUUUAAUUUAUUUGCUUAAGUAGCCGUUCACUUAACCUGACACGGCCCCCAAGCGCCACAUCGUAUCUUUAACAAGGCCACUGCACCCAAACACGGGACAUUAAAUAGUUCAAUUCCGACAAAACCAAUGUUAGAAUACAGCUAUCGGGUAGCUCAGUAGUAGAACAGUCGUCCGUCAAUCGAGGGACUCGAUUUCGAUUCUCGAUUUGGCCGCCUGAUUUUUAGCACUAUUUUUCGGACGAGAACGGGCGUUUGUAACCAUAUUAACCUGUUGCUUGGUAUUAACUGCUAACCGUUUUUCUUUUCAGUUACCCGACGGAACGGUAUUAAACGAAAAUGAAGCCGAAUCUCAAAACGUGCUCGACGAACCGGUAAGAACUUUUUUUUUACAUACUUAUCGUAUUACUGUUAACUUAUGCGAUUGCUACUCAGUCAGCUGUCCAAACACGUCCCUACUGUAGGUCGAAUCAGUAGCGAAGUAACCUGCAAUUUCCUAUCAAACUCGAGAUAUUACGAUUAAAUCCAAUAUAUAUUCUUAUAAAUCAUCGUACGAAAUGUUAAACUGGCGUACGGAAGAAAGUAAAAAAAUGUGUAUAUUGGUGUAAGGUCACAUCUAUAGUUAUAGUUUAAUAGAGUGACGUGUUUUCUCGAAACAUGUAGUUUCUCUCAAAUUUUAUUUGACAUUUUACGAUGACGUUGCAGGCCCUGAUCAGUGAACAGUUUGGCGGUGAUUUGACGUUCGAGGACGGUGAGGGUGAGAGAGUGGAGUUCCAGUUGCACGGACUGGGUGGCCCGGAAUCGUACAAAUUCGGAUUUGACACCGGCAAAGGGUAAGUCGUAAGAUUUAUCGUCGCAAAUCAUUUUUAAACAAUAUUAUGUUAAAUACACGGUGCUACUACUCAGCAUCACAAAUCAGACGUAAAUGCUAGUUUUUAGUCACCACGUGAAUUUUCGAACAUCAAUCAACAUGCGUUAUUGAUGUCAUUAAUAAGCGCAAAUAAGGGGCUAAGCGUAAUUCAAGCCCCCGAAAAUUCAACAUUUAUUAAAUAUAGUAUUCACUAGACGUUUUUUUUUCUUUCACCAAACUUUUGUUUAAAUCCGAAUUUCUCGACGACUCAAAGAAAUUGUUUUAUUUCUGUAUUUUUAUUAAGAAGGUGUUUAAGUUUUGAUUGUACAAUGACUCUACAAUACUAUAUGAUAAUUCAACAUUAUAAAAUAUAUGCAAUCAAAUAAAUUUCACAUGAAUAAAAUACCUACAGGUCGAACAGGCAAUUCCGGUACGAGGAAAGGGACUCUGGUGGAAACGUCCGCGGCCAUUACGGGUACUUGGACGGCGAAGGAAAAAUGCAAGUGUACAACUACAGCUCACAUCCGGAACUCGGGUUCCAAGCGCAAAAAUCUGAAACUCUCGAAGUGUGAACGGCCACGAAAUUCCGUACAUCAUACGUGUACAUAUUAUUGUUAUACACGAUAUACAAGUAUAUUGUAUAUUAUAUGUAUAUAAAUAAAAAUGCCGAAAUAAGUGAUUCCGGUACACAUAGAUUUACUGUAUAAUGUUAUUAACCUGUAAAUAUUAAAAUACAUAUUUAUAUACGAAAAAUAAAGACGACAAACGAUGAUAAUAAAAAAAAAAAAUGUCUCUACACAUUUACGAGUAUGAUGGCAUCUAAUUAUUUGCUACUUAUAUGAAAAACCAACACGUUACAAUAAUUAUAUUCACGG